UGAUACGCUUGCUCAGCGUAUGCCGCAUGCAAUGUGCACAUGAGGACAGCGUAGGCCUACAUGACAUUCACAACACACUGCAGCUCUCUCUGAAAACAUGGCGCAAAGCAGCUCGGUCGACCCUCAAGCCCAAUGCGUUAACGGAGCGGAGUCUAGGCAACGUGUGGCUCUGAUCACCGGUAUUACCGGUCAGGAUGGCUCCUACCUUGCAGAGCUGCUUUUAUCCAAAGGAUACAAGGUGCACGGCAUCUUACGCAGGUCAAGUUCCUUCAACACAGGCCGCAUUGCCCACCUGUACGCUGACACCAGGACACAUGAGAUGAGAGACAUGGUACUACACUACGGCGACCUCACAGACAGUACUUGCCUGGUCAAGAUCAUAAGCCAGGUGCGACCGACUGAGAUCUACAACCUGGGUGCCCAGAGCCACGUUAAGGUCUCCUUUGAUCUUGGCGAGUACACAGCGGAUGUGGACGGCGUCGGUACCCUGCGACUGCUGGACGCCAUCCGGACAUGCGGCCUCAGUGACAGCGUGCGUUUCUACCAGGCCUCCACUAGUGAGAUGUACGGGAAAGUCCAGGAGGUGCCGCAGACGGAGAAAACGCCGUUCUAUCCCCGCUCACCCUACGGCGCUGCCAAGUUAUAUGCAUACUGGAUCACGAUCAACUUCCGCGAGGCCUACAACAUGUUCACCUGUAAUGGCAUUCUCUUCAACCACGAGAGCCCGAGGAGAGGUGAAACCUUUGUGACAAGGAAGAUCACUCGAGCAGUGGCCAAGAUUCACCUAGGGCAGCAGGAAUACGUCUGUUUGGGGAACUUGGACUCAGAGAGAGAUUGGGGACAUGCCAAGGACUUUGUGGAGGCCAUGUGGAUGAUGCUACAGCAAGACAAGCCCAAUGACUUUGUGAUAGCCACCAAUGAGGUCCACAGUGUACGAGAAUUCAUCAUUGAGUCAUUCAAAUACAUCGGUGUGGACAUUGUGUGGGAAGGCAAAGGAACUGAAGAAGUAGGCAAAGACAAGGCCACGGGAAUAGUGCGAGUGCGCGUGGACGAGAAGUUUUACCGACCAACAGAAGUGGAUUUUCUGCAGGGGGAUCCGAGCAAGGCCAAACACUUGAUGGGAUGGGAACCCAAGACCCUCUUCAAGGAUCUCGUGGCCGAGAUGGUGGCAGCCGACAUUGCCCUGAUGAAGCAGAACCCAAUGGCCUAGCCACUUGAUGACUUUCUUCUGCUGUCCAGAGAGAUUGAAAAUGAGAUUUGUUGUGAGUCAACAAGCUUGGAGAACAAACCGAAAGUGCCUUUGCAGUUUUGGAAAAAACAUGAAUUAGUCAAAGUUUAGAUUGCUAGACUGUGCAUCGUUACCUCAGAGAUCCCUCCAUUAAGACCUAUUCAUUAUUUAUAGUACAAGGAAAAAAGUAGUGCAAAGUUAUUUAAGAUUUAAGAAAUGGGACACAUCAUGGGACACAGUCUCAAACGAAUCCAGCAUGGUGCUUUGCAAUUGUAAUGCAUUAUCCCCCCCCCCAAAAAAAACCUGGCUUUCAGUCACAUGGCUUAUUUUCCUGCAUGUUAAGAGCUCUUAAUAUUUGGUGUACUCAAGAAGGGUUGCUUGUGUGUGUGUGGGGGGGGGGACAGGUUUGAAUUUGACAUGUAGACCACCUAUGUACAAGUUUUGGUUCAGUCGCUCCCUGUGCCCUCCUUGAAAUAAUGGGUGCGCCAGUGGGUGCCCCGUCAGAAACUCCACCCCAGUCGAUUUGUCCUUGACUCUGAUUCUUUGAUUCUACUGCAGCACUUAAUACUUAUUACAUUUAAAUGAAAAUUUGUAAGCAGUAGUCCCAAAUACUAAUGACGUCACUCUUUCCUACAGAGCUUCAAAUCAGCCCUCUCCUCCCGGCUCCUGUAAGAAAGCACACAUUGUUAACAAAGCGUGACUUCAUCAGUAUGGCAGCCAGUUGUUUACCCUGAGGUAUCUUUUUUGUUCUUGAAGUUUACUUCAGUCCUGUUUCCAUUUUACACUGGCGUCAUGUUUCAGAGAUUGAUUCAGAUUUCGUCUUUGUGGAGAGAAGGGAGCAGUUUCGUUUUUUUUCAAUUUUGCAAGUGAGGUGUUAAACAGAAAAACAUAACUGUCCGUUCACUGGUCUUUUAUUGUACGUACUUGGGCAAGCAUACCUUUCUCUUGGAAGUUGCAACGGGGGUAGGUGCCUGGCUAAAGUGUUUUAACACCACCAUUUCAAUCUCAGAAUCCCACCCUGUCACAUCUGUGUAGCCACCUUCUGCAUGCUGAUAAUGGAUGUCAACCAAACCAGUUCUUUUUGAAAUUACUUUGCUGGUUAAAUUGAUCACGGUAUAUUUGCGUGCGUAUGCUUGUUUGUUGGCAUGUACGUUUCCUUUUUUUGUUUGUUUGUGUUUGGAAAGAGGGUAUUUAUACUCCAAACGUUGCAUUGUUAAAUGCGGCUUAUUGCAGCUGAAGUAAUGCUUGUGAUGUUUCAAUCUCAUUUCUUCCUGAUUGAAGAGAAUUCACAAUUGAAGGGAAGAAAUGAGAGUUGUGGUGCACAUCAUGAAGAUGUUCUGACAGGAAGAAAUGAGAUUCAAACAUCACGAGCAUUACUUCAGCUGCAGUAAGACACAUAUAUGCUGAAAUAUAUAGACAAAUGUUGGCACGGCAGCAGGACCAAUCAUGCGUAGACAAGUGGAGAAUGGCACAAAAAGAGCGCGGAGAGUAAGACACGAACUCCUCCUCAUUUCUUCCUGAUUGAAGAUAAUUUACGAUUAAAGGGAGUAAAUGAGAGUUGUGGUGCACAUCAUGAAGAUGUUCCUUACUAAAUUGCCUUCCCACAGAACCACUGAGGUAUGUGUAAUACUCACAUUUUUGACUGAACCAAAUUCCUCGGGCAUGUUGUUCCAGGUAUUUAUAAUGGGUUUGACUAUAACUUGGUCGGGCUGUUGGUGUGGUUGGCUCCCUGCAAAGGCACGUGCGCGUCCUCUUUGGUGGAACUGAAAUCAUUUACCGUACUUACACUGACUCAAGAAACGGCCUUUCUUGAGAAUUCAUGGACCUGGAACCGAUCUACAUUGUGUUCAGAUGGCUGCAGUGUUUUAUUUGGGGGUUUGCGGUUUUGUUUGUGUUUACUGUGGUGGUGUUAAGUUGUUUUCUUCCAUUCAGCAUUUCUUCACGUGUCUUGUCCCUUCUUGAGCCACAACUCAGAAAUUACUAUGAGAUCCUGAAGAUAGUUUUGCCCGAUAUGGUGUAUAUUGUAGAUUUAUUUAUGAUGACCAGUGUUGUUGGAUCAUGGUAUUCAAAGUGACUCGAAAUUUCUCUAUUUUUUCACACCUAUUCUAAAUUAUUUGUCAGUUUUCAUAUGCAUCAUAAAUUUAGUAUUAUGAAAAAUUGUUUUCUGCAUUUUUCUCCCUAGUUAAGUUAAACUAGUUGGUAUUUUGUUUGAUAUGUAGGACCCAAACUAUUUUAAGGACUCGAUUCUAUUCAGUGAAAUUAAAACCUUUUAUUUUCUUAUUCACAUGAAGAUGGUAUUGCCGAUUUCUGUAUAUUUUUCGAUAGAGUAAGUUUUGUAUAUCUGGGCGUCGUCUGGGGUGAUAGACGUGUAAUUCAGUUAAAAUGAUUGAAAGUACAUUCCACUGGUGGAAUUGGGUUAAAAUGGAAUGAGUGUAAACUUUGCUUCGUGUGGCGGGAUCUUUCUGCUCUGGAGGUUUAAUAUGAAGUUGCGAAAUCUUUGGUAUUUGACUUAACUUCAUUAGAUUCAUGGUUUCAUACGUGUUUCUCCUUUCACCACAGACAGUAUUUCAACUGUUCAUGCUUCGUUUGACUUGUAGGCUUGUUGUAAGGCAUUACUUUUUUUGUUCAAGAUAAAAAUAUCACUCUUUUAACUUGACGAACACGAAAAUGCAUUCCGAAUUUGAGAUGAUCCUGGUAAAUUCUGAGAUACUUUGUAUUUUAUAGCAACACUUGCUUUCCCUUUGGGAGAGAAAUCAGGGAGUUUCAAUUCGUUAAUAGUUGGUGUAGAAGUGCAAUUGCUACGGUUAAAUUAAUAAAUUUGGGAGUUCCCCCUUUUGUUGCGUACUUUCUGUUUAGACAGAGGUCGCUUAGGUCUC